UUGAGUCUGAAACCGACAAGUCUUGCGGAAUCAACACCCACAAUGUCGUUGUUACGAACCCAAAAUCCAAGUUCCAGUUCAAGGAAAGGCUCUUACUCUGCUCUAAGCACUCACAAUUACCUCAGUGAUUCAGACGACAAUAGUGCCACCCCACGAGGAGCCUCACCCUCUCACCAAGACCCCGAGCUCGGCACAAGUUCUUCGCCGGACAGCAAAAGGUCGCUUAGAUUUUCAAUCCCGUCAUCGCCGCCUCGACCCGGUAUGUCGCAUCUAUUGGACAAGCAGUCACCAGCGCCGGCGCAAGUUCAGAAGAAGGGAGACUUUGUUGAGUCGCCUAUAGAAGAAGAGCCACAGGAGCGGCAUGAACAAGAACACAGUGACCAGGAUGAGUCGGAAUCGGACAGAAGUGCCAAUGAGAGUAGGUCGGACACUAGGCAAACCAAGUCAUGGAGGUUUAGGCCUAGCUUGGUAUUGGAGAACUCUGGCAGCGUUGCGAGGGAUCAUCUAGCUUCUGAAAGGACAUUUUUGGCGUAUGUGAGGACGAGCUUGGCAAUUGCUUCUACUGGUGUUGCACUGGUUCAGUUGUUCACCAUCGCCUCCAAAGCCGUUUCGAAUCAUCCUACCCAAUUAACGUUUUCGCCAGCCACAAAGCGUGUUCAGGUGUGGGCAAGACCGCUUGGAGUUGUCACUGUAGGUUUGGGGAUCGCUGUCUUAUCCAUAGGCGUCGUGCGGUAUUUCACUGUCCAAAACGCUUUGGUUAAAGGAAAGUUUCCUGUUGCGCGUUUCCUGUUGGGGGGUAUCGCUUUCGUACUUGGGGUUUUGGUUUUAAUCGUGUUUGGUGUGUUAGUCUCGGGAGCUGGACCGCGAGGUUGAACAGUGCAUACAUACUGACUUAUGGCUUUGCCCCUCGAGAGUGGAUGACAUUUCAUAGACUUGACCUUCCCUUGCCCUUUACUCAUAUAAGGGAUGACUUUUUAUAUUUGUAUAAUAGCGCAACCUUUUAUGUAAGAUGUCGGGUAUAAUGUAACAAUAGGUAUGGCUUCGAUUCAUUGAUAUUCACUGUUAAGACUCG